AUGUCUGACAACCUCGAUCUCUUAAACGUGCUGCUAGUCGCUGCAAUCGACUUUGGCACAACAUUUAGUGGAUAUGGGUUCGCAUUUCCGCACUCUAAGGAUAAUGAAAAAAAUGAUGACCCGAUUUAUCUCAACAAGAAUUGGGGGCAAAACCUCGGAUGUCAAUCGUAUAAAGCUCCCACUACUGUUCUCUUUGGCCCUGACAAAAAAUUCAUCGCAUUUGGAUUCGAGGCGGUGGAGAAGUACGCAACUCUGACGGAAAAUGGAGAAGACAAGUCAUACUACUUUUUCGAACACUUUAAGAUGAGACUACAUUCUAACCACUCGGAAAUCAGAAGGGACAUGCCCCUCGCGGCUAGUAACGGGAAGACUUUGCCUGCGUUGGACGUCUUCUCGAAAUCUCUGAAAUUCCUUAGCGACCACCUGAGAGAGGCGGUGAAAAUUAAUACCGGCACAGAAAUAGAGGCAAGCAGCAUUCGGUGGGUCAUCACUGUCCCAGCUAUAUGGAGCGAUGCGGCCAAACACUUCAUGAGGGAAGCAGCGUACAAGGCUGGUAUCGCUUCAUUGGACCAAAGAAAACACCUACUUAUAGCGUUGGAACCAGAAGCAGCCUCUCUGUUCUGCCGACAACUGAAUGUUUCUAAAUUCAGGGAAGACACGGAUAAACCACAAUUACUCCAGAUGGACCCAGAAAAUUGUUACAUGGUCGUCGACUGUGGAGGAGGCACUGUGGACGUGACUGUGCACAAAGUACGAGAUGACGGGUCGAUGAGAGAACUACAUCGUCCAACAGGCGGCCCGUGGGGUGGCACAAAAGUAGAUUCGAAUUUCAGCAAUCUUCUCGAACAAAUAUUUGGCAAAGACCUAAUGAAUGAGUAUAGACGUAAGUUUCCCCGGGAAAACGUACAACUUAUGGCAGACUUUGAAAUGAAGAAAAGGUCGGCUGCCGAUGCAAGUGUUCAGCUUAACUAUUGCUUAGUUAAAUUUCUCGAGAGUACGUUAUCCCAAAACAUUGCCGCUAUUGUAUCCGAUAGCCGUACAGAAGGGGUAAGGUUUUCAAAUGGUUUACUGCGACUGUCUAAAGAAGUCAUGUACAGUUUGUUUCAACCUGUCCUGGAACAGAUAAUGGCACAUAUCCAGUCACUUCUGACCAACCCUAAGUUGAGAAAUAUCAAAACCAUUUUUCUGGUCGGGGGUUUUGCCGAUUCACCAUUGUUGUGGAAGGCAGUGGUGGCUGCUGUUCCGGACAGAAAAGUCCGUGUAUUGGUCCCCGAAGAGGCAUGUCUAGCUGUUAUCAAGGGCGCAGUUAUGUUCGGACUAAAUCCGAACGCCAUUCGGGAAAGGGUAAGCGCACGUACCUACGGUGUCAGGUCAAUGACAACUUUCAUAGAGGGGCUCCAUCCGCCUCAGAAAAAAGUCGUUGCUCACGGGCUUGUACUCGCUACAGAUAUUUUCAACAACUUUGUAGGGGUAGAUGAGUUAGUGGAAUUACAGUACAGAAGAAGCCUUGAAUUUAAAGCAGUAAGGGACGACCAACGCAGUGCAACCGUCUAUCUGUUUUCUACGAGUGAAAGGGACCCACAAUUUACCACAGACCAUGGUAUGAGUCUCUGUGGCCGGGUUCACGUUGAUAUGCCCGACACACGGGGCGGAAGGGAACGUGUUAUAAGGGUAACGUUUAUUUUUGGUGGAACAGAAAUUGACGUUCAAGCGGAGGAUCUCACCUCUCACAUGCGAGCGUUCGCCACAAUCGACUUCCUCACGAAGCAUAACCCGUGA